UGUCCUAAAAGAAAGAAGAAACUAUUCCACCUCUUCAUAUUUGUACAAUUGUAACAAUACUAAUUUAAUGAGUAGGCCACUUGCUGACUGUCAGCGUGAAUUUAGGUAGUUUGGGCACGCAUGCGCAUCGGCAGUGCUCCAGGCGACCUGAUGGUCCGUCAAUUUUAGUUAUUUGUGGGAGAAGCUACGAAACAGAAAGGUGUCAGAAAGGAGCUGUCCCUGUGAGGCAGAGAGGAGGGAAAGGAGAAGAUUAGAGGAAGAAAAAAGACGAGGGUGUGUCCUCUCUCCCUGAUGACCUCGUGUGUGUAUCAUUUGUGUCCUCCUGUUCUUGGUCACAUUGUCUCACUUAGGUGUGUUUCCUGGUUCAGAGUUUCCCUGAGUAUUCCUAGUGGUUGACCUAUUAGCACCGGGAUACAACAAUUAAAUGAAAGUUAAACAUAACGGCUGCUGGUCUAAUGGUUGUGAAACAGAAGCUCCUCUGCUGAGUUUUGGAGAUGAAGAGGACCUCAGGAAGAAGCUGCUAUUGAUGUGUCUACAUAGGCAGCACAUUACAGAUGGUGAGACUGAGAAAAGCAGAAGAAAUCCCAGAGAGCAUGCUUAGCAGGAGAGGAUGGGAUGAGGCUAAUUUCUGUAUCACAUUGAUUGUGCGAUGAUUAGAAGCACCUGUGAGCUAAUGAAGCGGCUGUAAGACCAUUUCAGUCAACGGACUGGGGAAAUUAAUGUGAACUGGAGACUUAUCCACUCCUGGAAUUUGGACUGCUUAACCAAAAAAAAGUUCUUCCAGUGCAGGAGUUUAGUCUCUCUGCAUCUAGGCAUUGUGUUGUUUUGGUUAAAGUAUUAAAAACUCCUGUGAAUUUUAAUGGAAAACUUGUUUAAAUAAACACCAAGGAAAAACAUAUAUAGAGUGAUGCCAGAAACAGAUUACCUCACCUCCCCUACUCCUACUACCCCACCUCUCUGUGACUACAGCGACUGGUCUCCCUCAUUCUUCAUCAUCCCGUCUGUCUACCUGCUGGCAUUCCUGGUUGGUUGUCUCGGCAACAGCCUGGUGCUUUGGGCAUACCUGGACCGAGCAGAUGGGAGGAAGAGUAGGGGCCAAAAGGCAGCAGAAGUUGGUCGGUUCUGCUGCAGGAAGAUUUUUAGAACCACUCAGCAGCACAUUAACGAUGCUGGCAGAGUUCAAAGUUCAAACUGUGGAUAUUCCUCUAGACAAAGCUACAGAACAUCCUCCCAUUCUUCCACCUCCCAUUCCUCUUAUUCUCCCUCCAUCCCCCGUCCCUCUCGCUCACUGACUGACUCUCUGAUAGCCAGUUUAGCUUUAGCUGACCUUUGUUUCCUUGUGACACUUCCCCUUUGGGCCAUCUACACAGCGAUGGGCUACCACUGGCCUUUUGGGCAACCUCUCUGCCAAAUCAGUAGCUUCCUCACAGCUCUGAACAUGUAUGCCAGCGUGUUCAGCCUGAGCAUGCUCAGCGUGGAGCGCUACUGGGUUCUGACUGGACGCCGGCACUCCAGCCGCCACGCACCAAGGAGUUGCCCCAGCAAGUCUUUGUGGAUACUUGGAGGGGUGUGGGUGCUGGCGGGAGUCCUGGCACUUCCUGGUUUGCUGCUGCGAUCUGUCCAGGAGGUGGAGGUUGGCCCCAAAUAUGAGGAUGAACCUGGUGAGUCUAUCUUCCUUUCAUGCCAGAUGGAUUACUCCAUGCUGAUCAGAGCAGAGCUGGAGGAGGAAGAAAAAGAAAGGACAGAGAUGUGGUGGACUGCUGCUUUAAGUUUAAAAUCAACUCUGAUUGGCUUUCUGCUUCCUCUUAUCAUCUUACUGGUCUGUUACUGCUCACUGGCCCAACUUCUCAGCAGACAUUUUGGACAGGGUCCUCAUCCUGACCGCAGACGCCAGCGCAGACUCCUCAGGGUCAUUGUCACUUUAGUGAUGGCAUUCUUCCUGUGCUGGCUUCCUCUGCAUGUCAAUAAAACGGUGUCCCUGCUGCUCGAGUUUGGAUUCGUCCCAUACUCCUGCUCUUUAGAUCAGAUAUUACUGGCUGCUCAUCCAUAUGUCACCUGUUUAGCUUACCUCAACUCCUGCCUGAACCCUCUCCUCUAUGCUGCAUGUGAUCCAUCAUUUAGGAAGAGAUGCAGAGGAGCCCUCCUCGUGUUGUGCAGGAUGAACAGAAGAGGAGCAAAAAGAAAGGAGGGAAACAAGGAUGAAAGAGGUGAACAGAAAAGGGAACAGAGCUCAGUUUUGCCCAUGAGGACACAGGAAGAAACAGCAGAGAGGAUAGAGGAGGAAGAGGAGGAGGAGGAGAGGUUUGGGGAGGUGGGUGUUGCCGUGACUGAAGAGUAAGAUUGCACAUGAACUCAAAAUCAAUAUCCUCCAGCAUUUUUUUUUGUGUGUGUGUGUUUUUGAGGACAAAUGAAAAUGGACUGAAAUCCAAUGUGACUUUGGAUGACACUGUGUAAAAGUAUGUCAGUAUUUUUAAAAUAAACAUUGCCAUCAAAAAAGGCCAUAUGAUAUAUAUAUAUCCUGGUUCCUGUUGUCUUGUAUCCCACAGAAAAAUUCCACCCAUUCCAUUAAGACUGUGCAAAAAUGA